AGAAUUGAAAAAAAAAAACGAGUCAUCCUCAUAUUAUCCUUCCUUAGCAGGAGAAGAAGACAUGAGAGGAUUGUUUCUCCCAUGGAAUCCAUCGCGCUUCCACACCCUCACUUUUGCUUCCCUUCCGAACAGAGCCUUAACCCUCUCAGCUUCAUUGGAGUCCCUCUCUCAGCAGGUGAGCGCGCGUGAGAGGAGGCGCGAGAGGAGUGAGAGAAGAGAGAGAAAGAGCGGCGCCAACUGGAGGGAGGAGGUGGAGAUGAAACUCAUCGAGAAGCCGAAGAAGAAAGGUUCGUGGAUGGAUGAACUGAACCUGAACAACCUCGCCAAAUUGGGUCCUCAAUGGUGGGUCAUUCGUGUUUUGAGGAUUAGGGGUCACGAAAUCGCGCAACUCCUCGCUCGCUCCCUUGCUCUAAACUACCCCGACGUGGAAUUUAAGAUAUAUGUUCCAUCCGUCAAUGAGAAAAGGAGAUUGAAGAAUGGUUCCUACUCUAUUAAACCAAGGCAAUUGUUCCCGGGAUGUGUUUUCUUGAGAUGUGUGAUGAACAAAGAAUUACAUGACUUCAUAAGAGAGUAUGAUGGUGUUGGAGGAUUUAUUGGUUCCACGGUUGGAAACACAAAGAGACAGAUCAAUAGACCUAAGCCAUUAUCUGAUGAAGAUGUGGAUGCAAUCUUCAGACAAGCAAAAGAAGAACAAGAAAAAACUGACCAAGCUUUUGAGGAAGAACAGAAAAGAGCUGCUCUAAUCUCUGGGAUUCGUAAUACAGAAUUACAACCCGAUGAUGUUUUAAAUGCCAUUGUUGAUACUAAAUCUAAAAAGAGGCAUAAGAAAACCUCUCACCAGGUCUCAGUCACAGAUGCCUCUUCUAAUCGAAACAAAUAUAAACUCUUUGUUCCAGGUUCCACUGUUCAUGUUGUAUCUGGAACCUUUUCAGGGUUUACAGGCACCCUCAAGAAGCUGAAUCGAAAAACUAAAAUGGCUACUGUGCAUUUCACUCUAUUUGGGAAAGAGAACAUAGCAGACAUAGAUGUUAAUGAAAUUGAUCUAGAGACAAACCGUGGCCUCUAGGGUUUUCUCCCCUGAUGGUAUGCUUCUCGUAUUUGGCAGUAAUCAUAACACAGUAUGUCAAUAACUUUGAAUUAGUGGUAUGGAGAAAAAAAAAGGCUUUGAGGAGAUGCACACUGAAUACCUUUUUGGCCUAUUCCGUUUGGAGAUGAAGCUGGUUUUUUUUUUCAUGGAAAUAUAAAUGUAUCUUAUAUCUGACCGGUGCUUGCUUGUGUAUUAUGAUUCUUGAAGAAGUAAAGGAAUUUUCUGUUAGUAGCUUAGCAGGACAAAUGUGGAGCUUUUUUUCGGUGCUUCAUUCCCAGAAUUGAAAUCUGAUGAGAUGUCUAUGCACUAGAGGCCAAAAGUUUGAGGUUUGUAGUUGCAUUAUGUAUUUGCUAAUGCACAUUUCUCAACUGAAUCUUACUUUCCCUCUGGCUCGUAAAAGGGAUUCAUAAUUUGAUAUCUUGAAUGUGGUGAUUAUUGAGUUAAAAAACAUGAGUUGAAUUUGUAUCACUUUAAAUGAAAACAAAUUAGGAUGACAUGACCUAGUUUUCUUAUCCAUUGUGUGUGUAUGUUACUUUAAUUAAUUUUUGGAGAAACAAUAAAAGUAUUCUGAGUUCUGA